UUCCAUUCUUGCGAUUCAUUCCAUCACAACACAACUCUGACGAGAAAGGAAGUUGUGAGCUCAAUUUGUACAAUUUCUUUCGUAGUUUUGUGAUAACAGAUCCACUGAGGUCUAUGAAAAGCGUAUCAAGUACUUUUACCAUCCAAUCGUGAUGAAGUUUUUCGUGGUAGUCGUGCUAGUGGCGCUGGCCACGGUACAGCUAACCGGUGCAACUCUAUCGCCGUCCGACAUUAAAAACAAGGGCAAGAAGGUGAAGGAGUUGAAGACCAAGCAGGGUCCUCAGGCGAAUAGCGUAUUCGAGCGGGGUCUCGUUCAGCAGGAACCGUCGGCCAAAGACAUACUGGUGGAGAAUGCUGCCUACCACGAGGUGACUUCGCUGAAGAACUUCAACGGAAAGGUGCUGGGCUACGUAACCCCGUGGAACAAUCACGGCUAUGACGUGGCCAAAAUCUGGGGUUCAAAGUUCAACUAUGUGUCGCCGGUUUGGCUGCAGGUGCUGCGAAAGGGGCCGAAACAGUACGAACUGGGAGGAGCCCACGACAUCGACGCUGGCUGGGUGAAGGAUGUGAAGAAGGCUGGCCAAUCGAUCGGCAAUAAAGUCGUCCCGCGCAUCCUGUUUGACAAGUUCACCGACAAGGACUUCUCCCAGCUGCUGACGUACAGCGAGGAACGCACCGUCGCUGCCCGGCUCAUCGUGGACACCGUCCGGCGGUACCGUUUCGACGGCAUCGUGCUCGAGGUUUGGUCCCAGCUGGCGGCCCGCGUCGAUGACGAGUUUCUGGUCGGACUGGUGCGGGAAAUUUGCCAAACGUUGACCGAGGGUGGCUUUGAGUGCAUUUUGGUGAUUCCACCGGCGCGGAAGGAAACGUACGAUCUGUUUUCGAAACGCCAUUUUGAAACGCUGGUGCCGGUCGUGAGUGCGUUCUCGUUGAUGACCUACGACUACUCGACGGUGCAGCGACCCGGGGCGAAUGGUCCGCUGUACUGGGUGAAGAAUGCGGUUCAGCACAUUUGUCCGGAUUCGGCGGAAAAUUUGAAGGAAAAGAGAGCGAAGAUAUUGCUGGGAUUGAACCUAUAUGGCAGUGAUUAUACUCCAAACGGGGGACAGCCGAUCAUUGGACAUGAAUAUCUAGCGUUGCUGAAGCACUUGAAGGGCCAUUUGACCUUUGACGAGCACGAUGUGGAGAACUUCUUCGAAGUCAAAACAUCAAACGGUCGCCACAUGGUAUUCUACCCAACGUUGUUCUCCAUUAACGAGCGGCUCAAGCUGGCUCGGGAACUUGGCACCGGAAUUUCGCUCUGGGAGCUCGGCCAAGGCUUAGAUUACUUUUACGAUCUUUUCUAGUCAUUCGUCGCACAACAAAAACGCAAUAGUAGUUAUUAAAGAAGGUUUCGUUUAUUUGAAAGUACUUUAAAUUUUAAAGUAGUUACAAAAAGAUAUCUUACGUGCUACAACCUGCGGAGCUUACAACCAACAAGUCGACGGCCACAACAGCCGCUUACGUUUAGUAAUGAUGGAAACAUUAAAACAAAGUUGUCGAUUACUCAGA